GAGCAGCCCGACUCUCCUGCGCCGCUGUUGCUGCAUGCUGCGGGAUAACUUCGCUGCAGCCGCCGCUCUCUGCUCUCCACGUCCGAUUUGGCCACAGAGGACUUCUUCGUCUGCUUGUUCUUCAUCUUCUGUGACAAUUGAAUGUAACAUCGUCCGGACGAGGAAGGCCGGGAAUUAAAAGCCAUCGUCAUGAAUUUCGUUAUGAAGCAAGCGCUGGGAGGGGCCACCAAAGACAUGGGCAAGAUGCUCGGCGGGGAGGAGGAGAAGGAUCCGGACGCCGCCAAGAAGGAAGAAGAAAGGCAAGAGGCGCUGAGGCAACAGGAGGAGGAGAGGAAGGGCAAAUAUGCAAAGAUGGAGGCCGAGAGAGAAAACCUGCGACAGGGCAUCAGAGAUAAGUACGGCAUCAAGAAGAAGGAGGAGAAGGAAGCCGAGGCGGCGGCCGCGAUGGAGCAGGCCUCCGAGGGCAGCCUCACCCGCCCCAAGAAGGCGGUGCCCACCGGCUGCGGCGACGAGGAGGAAGAGGAGAGCAUCGUGGACACGGUCAUGAAGUUCAUCCCGACCCCGCUCAUGGAUAUGUUCAAUAAGAAGUAGAAAAGAUAAUAGAGUGAUAAUAGGAUUCGUAACUUCCGAAAAGCGUUCUUCUGAACCCGAGACCACUGCCGUGACCCGCCCACACCUGCAGACACACUUCUCUCCACCCUCCAACUUCUCCAACCCUAAAUUAUAAGUGUCCUGGAACGUGGCAUGAAGUUGCCCUUGAUUUAAAAUAGUUGGUCUCUGAUGGCGAUGCAUCCUUAGUAAUCUCUCGUCCAAAGUUUUUUUUCCGUUAGCUACAGAGCUAACGCGGUACACCGACGCAGAUCUUUUACUUCAAGGGGAAAUUUCGUGUCGCGUUUAAAAAAUAUAUAUUUUUAAAAAAUCAGAUAUCACCCCCAUCCGCCAUCCUUUUUGUUUGUAAAUAGCCUCGGGUUAUAUAUAACUAUAUAUAAGUGAAUUAUGACACACAACAAGAUGACUAAGAGUAUAAGCCAUAUUUUUAACUUUUAAAGAAAUUAUCCAAAUCAUGUCAGAAUUUAAUUUAAUUUUCCUGUUUCUGUUCUUGCUAAUAUUUGAUACGUUGUAUAUAUAAAUACAUAUUUAUUAGUUCUCCGUCGUGAGGAUUCACCCCAUCGAUUGUCUCUCACGCUCUGAUUGCUUUAAUGUGAAUGUGUACGAGGAGCUCUGGUGCAGUGUAAUGCCUGUAAAACCAGAAAGAGAUGGGAUUCAUUUUGAAUUAAUUUAGUUGUUGUCGUUUCUUUCAGCAUGCGGUAAACUUUUGUGAAGUGGAAUACACAUUUGAAUGUCAUUUUCAUUUUGUUUUACGAUGAAGCGGGAAUACAUUUGAGGCAAUAAUUGUUUUUACAUUGUUAUUUCAUUGGCAUCUUGUUCCACUGUGUACAGUAGGUGAUAAUUGACUCAAAUUUGAAAGUCUAAAAUUUUUCUUGCAUGGGGAAAACCAUUUGUCUCGAAGCCUGACCAUAAAGUCAUUUAAUCCUACAUGUUCGUGUGUCCUGUGGCGGGCGUCACUCGGAGGACGCGUCUAUUUCAGAUCGAGCUAGUUUAUCAUGUUUUGUUGACAUUUCCAUAACAUUUUGUUUUGUAUUUAAAAAAAUCUCCCCCCCAAAAAAACCUUAACAAAAAUUACACGAGUGUUGUGAACACAAGUGAACAGACAGUGAGAAGAGUGCAAUAUAUUGUUGAUAUGAAGUUGCUUGUCCGUUGCUUAAAACUGAUGGGAGUGAAGUCCCGAAUCAGCAAAAACAGACAAUCUUCAUUGUUGUGUGUUUUUAAAACUCCUUAACCCUCCUGUUACCUUAGGGUCAAUUUGACCCCAUUCAAUGUUUAACCCUCCUGUUACCUUUAUAUUUACUGACAUAUUUUACCCUUGGGGUCAAUUUGACCCCAGCAAUUAAAACCUCCAGAAAAUUAUUAGAAUUAAUAUUGUUUUCCAAGUUUAAGUGUGAGGUACUUUAUGUUUGUUUGUUGACUACCUAAAUAGCCCUUUAAAUAUAUAAAAAAGUUGAUAUUUCUUAUAUGUUUGACACAGUGAAAAACAGCCUGGGGUCAAAUUGACCCGAAAGAACACCGACAUUAAACAUUGAAUGGGGUCAAAUUGACGCUAAGGUAACAGGAGGGUUAAAUGUGUCAGUCGACGUUUAAAAAAUAGACGUAAUUUGAGAAGAAGUAGAGAACGGGAGGAAGUGUGUUGUUUUUUGGUGGCGUAAAAACAAAAACAAAAGACGUUCGGUCACGAGUUAUCGAAUGAUGAGCACGAGCAGGAUUCGUGUUCGACAUGAAAACCCCAAAAAUCAAACCAGACGUUAAAAUAACAGAUGAUGGAAUAACGAGAGGGGCUUUUUCUUUUAAAAGAGCCCUCGCAUGAGAGUUUCUCGACAAAAUGUUUACCUGCGAUAAAUUGUAGUCACGCAAUUUAAAUUAAAAAAGAGGUAUCGUAUGAGGAUGAAAUCCGACGUUUCUCCAUAUGCCUUGUUUUUGUAUUCAUAUACGUCUCCUUCAUUCCACGUUGUGUCUUGUUAAAACAUUCCGAUAUUUCAGACAUUCCACCAGACUUGUGCUGGUAAAAAAAAAACACACACACAAAACGUGGAUAUUUACACUUUAGAGUAUGCCUUAGCCUUCAAAACUUAAAUUUCGAUGUUCCUAUAACCUGAAAAUAGAAACUCUAGAAUGAAUCCGGUAUAAAGAUUCGUGACUCGAGUUGUUUUUAGCUGCCAUGUAGAGGGAAAAAAAAUAAGAAAAAAGAAAAUCCCACUUCAACUUUAAGGGAAAACGUAAAUGUGCUAUUUGCAGAACUCAAUUCCGAAACCAUUUUGUUAGGAGAUGUUUGUGAUUCGCGUGAGCACAGUAGCCGUAGGCGUAAUUUAAGGUUUUUCCAAACCACGUUGCCACUGUUUUUUAAAUAAGAUAGCUGAACAUGAAAUAACACCGAUUCUGAACGUGUGGAAAAUGUAGCUUUUGAAUCGACGCUUUGUGAGCUCUGUAAUCAUAUUGAAUGUAUACCUGUAGAGCACAUUUAUCCAACUUCCUGUGGUUUAUUGUCCUCCUUUCAGCGCGUCAAUCAGUCGGCAACCGAGCAUCAACAACACUCAAACCCCACCGUCAGAGCAGUUAUCCGAUCAAACCAAAGAAUAGUGCUGGUAGUCGUAGGUUAGGUCACAGAGGUUUCACUCUUUUUAUUUACUGCAUCGUAUUUCUUUUGAAAUUUCUCAGGUAUUUUAGCUGCAAAGUAGAAGUUCAAACCAUAACUAGCCUUCUCUUAGCACAAUUAACAUCUAUUUUCAAAUUUCGGACAUUGCCUAGCGAGCCUGUUCGACCAACUUUUGAAUCUAUGACCAACACAUCUCUUGUUUUUGGCCCAAGAAUAUUCCAGAAAGCUACAAUUACUGCCUAGUCUACCUGAAUAGAGGAUUUUCCCAGAGAAAAAACCCCCAUCAUCAGUCUGUGCGGGCCUCCAGCGCUGAAACCAGACCUCCCUUUGCAUCUCACCCAUAAACCCAUCAGUCGUCCCCUUCGUGAAGGCCAAUUCAUCACGCUCUAUAAAUGGCGUGCGGACCACGGCCCCAAACCAACCGCACAAGUAACUCAUUUGUGCCGCUCACACUGCCAUUAAAAUGAUUUUUUUUAAACUGCCUGAGAAAUACGACUUAAAAAAGCCGAAAAAAAUACUCCUUGGAUGUGACCUGAAUGUAAACUGUCUGAUGUUUCUCUCUCCUUGCGUCUGUCUUUCUCUGUUCUGUACGCCUUGAGGAGAUGUUUACUUACUCGUCUGUAGCCGGUCCUGUUUCUGUCCUCUGGUGGUUGGUAUUUUGAAAAAAAAGUAUAUAUAUGGAUAUAUAUAAAUAUAUCCAUAUCUAUACAUAUAUUUGGUGCAUUCUUUUGUACUGCGAAAUCUUCUCACCGUCCUUCUCUCUCUUUUCCACUAUUUGUUGACAACGGUGUAUGCAUGCUUCUAUGGUGUGCGAUGUAGGCAAAGGCUGUCGAUGAUCGUUUCGUGUCUCCUAAGUGUUUUCGAAGCUCCACCUGUUAGCCUCACUGCAUGCCAUCUUAGACAGAUCUUUCAGUCUGUAACUUUCCUGCAAAAAAAAAGAAAAAAAUGGAAUCACCGCACACUGAGAAUAAAAGUGAUUUCAUAUAAUUGUU